UGGCCCAAAAAUGAAAAAGUAAUACAAAAAGGUCCUCAAUUCAGAUUUCGAAGUUUGGAUUUUUAUUUGUUUCAGCAAGCAAAGCAUUUAAUUCUUCGCCAAAUUACAUUACUUUGCAUAUAAAACAAGAAAAAAAAACAGAUUAACGAAAUCCCCAUCAAGAAUUAUCACCUAAAUUUCCUGUAUUUGUUCUUGAACUCUCUCUACUAGUUCUCUUCCGUCUCCAGAAAUCACUUGAUGAGAUUACAUUAGAAAACUUAUAGUGGUGGUACUUUAUCUGCAUCUGUAGUUGUCAGUGGGAAGAGCCAGUCAAGUUUCUAGCAACUGGUGCACAGAGAUGGUGACUGAUGUGGCAUAAAUGGAGGAACUUCAUGUACAGUUUCUCCACUUUUAUCAUAUUGUUGCCGGGGAUAGAUAGAAUAUCUAUAAAUGGUAAAUCUUAAACUCUCCCACCGCCCAAUUAUAUGCUACAGGCCUAUACGGCCUUCUGAUUUGCCGAUUCUAGAGCGGCUCCAUGCAGACGUAUUUCCUAUAAGAUAUGAGUCAGAGUUUUUCGAAAAUGUUGUCAAUGCACGUGAUAUUGUAUCUUGGGCAGCUGUUGAUCGUAAUCAACCUAAUGGUCAGAGUGAUGAGCUUAUUGGAUUUGUCACCGCACGAGUUGUGAUGGCCAAAGACAGUGAGAUAGGGGAUUUGCUCAGAUAUGAUCCAUCAAAACCAGAUCAAAAACUAGUAUACAUUCUGACACUGGGAGUGGUAGAAAGUUAUAGAAAUUCUGGAAUAGCAAAUGCUCUAGUUCGUGAGGUUAUCAAAUAUGCUUCAAGUAUACCCACAUGCCGUGCUGUUUACUUGCAUGUGAUCUCAUACAAUAACCCCGCCAUUCAUUUAUACAGGAAAAUGGCAUUCAAGUGUAUACGGCGGUUGCAAGGAUUUUAUUUGAUCAACGGCCAACAUUAUGACUCGUACUUGUUUGUUUACUACGUAAAUGGGGGUCGUUCUCCUUGCUCUCCAUUAGAGGUGGUCACAGCUGUGAUGAGUUACAUGAGGAAUGGACUGAAGUCAUUAACUGCGAGGCUAUGUAGGAACGAAGAGAAGCCGAAAUGGCCAAAAUGUAAGGAAACUCAUUCUCUUAUAUCCAUACAGAGCAAGAGAAACCAUACAAGUGCAUAUAGCAGCUGUGAAUGCGUGUAAAAUGGUUAUAUGACAUUCAUGAAUUUAGAGCAAGUUAGUAACGAUAUAGUGUCUUGAUGUUGUUGUCAUCAGUUUGUUUUUCUUUUUACUGUAAGGUCACCGUGUUCUGUAAUUUUUUGUAUUGAUUAUCUAUAUUUGUCCUUGUUGACGUUCA